AUGACCUUUUAUUUAGCUGUAAUGAAACAGAUUAAUAAUAGUUGGGAAUUUAUGAUAGAUGAAGAUUUCAAUCCUGUCCCACUUUCAUUGCAAUUACUUGAUGCCAGUUCAUUGGGAAGGGAUUAUGAUGCAUUCCAAAGAAUAAAAUCAAAUCUUGAUAAUGCUUUACAAGCAAUUGUUAAUGAAUAUUACCAGGGGUUUAAUAGUUCAAUUGGUACAUUUGGUGGUGUGAUCAAUAAUAUUAGUGACUCUCAAGAAAGAGUAAAGGAAAUGAAAUCAAAUCUUAAAGCAUCUAAAGAAAUACUGUUAUCAAAACGUUCAGAUCUACUGCAAUUAUGGUUUCGUAGUCAACAAUAUAAAGAAAUGAUUCGUAUUCUGGACUUGAUCGAGGAUUUUAAAGAAACGCCUUCUAGAUUAGAAGUUUUAUUGAGAGAAAAACAUUUUCUAACUGCUAGUAGAAUGUUAUUGGAUUCUAUACGUGUUAUGGAAAAAAAAGAAAUGGCUGGUGUUGGUGCUUUAUCAGAUUUAAGAAGAUAUUUGAAAGCUCAACAAACGUCUCUUCAUGAACUUUUAAUUGAAGAAUUACAUAAUCAUUUAUAUCUUAAAAGCUCAUAUUGUGAUAGUCGUUGGGUGCAAUAUACAAUAGAUCAGAUUACUUUACCGUCACCCCCAAUGGAAUGGGAUAUGACUACAAAAGAAACUCGCAAAGCAAAUUAUAUGACAAAUGUUCGUAAUAAAAAGAACUUACAAGUCAACACUAGUACACCAUCUAACGUACCAUUUAGUCCAAAAUCUCCCAAAGCAGUAUUUACAACUAUGAAUUUAAAUGAUGAAGAUGACAUGAUUAAAGAAAAUCUUGACAUAAAUCCAGAAACUGAUUCUUUUUAUUACAUGGAAAUCUUAUUGGAAUCUCUUGCUGUUCUCGGUAAAUUGCCUCAAGUACUUGAAAAAAUUACUCAAAGAAUUCCAGUGGAAUUGUAUCAAUUAGUAGAUAAAACAGUUGCAGAGGUUGAGGCAAGAUAUGUUGAUAUUAUUAAAACACACAAUACAAAGAGAUUUGAUAUAACAGAUUUAUACACGCUGGAAAGUUCGGAAAACGAUGUUCAAAUGGAAAUCUUAAAAGAUUUGUUAUGGACUCUUUACUCGAAAUUUUAUGCUGUGCUGCAAGGCCAUAGAUUUGCACUUGAAGUAGUUGAAAGAAUUAGUAAGAGACCUUCUAAUAAUAAGACCACGGAAGAAUCUCAAAUAAUAAAAGUUUAUCCAUUCAUUGAGAUAUGGAAACCAGUUCAAAAUGAAGUUCGUUCAUUAUUAAGAGAAUAUAUAACCGAUGAUGAAAAAGAAUCUGUUUCAAUGACUACUCCUGAAGCUUCAAUGCAAGAUUUAAUCAAAGAUAAGAAAGCAAGAGAUGCUACUAAACAAAUUUUUAGAUUUAGUGAUGUAGACGCAAAAUCAUUUCUAGAGCUUGACAAAGAAUAUGAGAACAAUGUUACCAAAUCGUUGAAACAAUCACUGCCAGAGAUAUUUUCAAAAAAAGACGUUGACGAGAGGCAAUUAUCUGUUUUUGUAGUUGAUAGAUUUGCCAAUAAUAAUUCAAAUAUGAUGUCAGCUGGUCAUCGUCUUGUGGUUAGACCGGAUGCUUUUAACAUCUCGGUGUUGUUUAAACCUACUUUGGAUACAAGUGAAUCAUCUUCUACAGAUUUUACUGCAUUUCUGGAUGAUUUUGUCUUUAAUGUUUUUCUACCACAAAUCGGGGAUAAAAUAUUUGAAUUAUUUCAUAAAGUUACAACUGAUACUGAAGCAUUUCAAGAAGAUCCAAAUUAUAAAACAUAUAGCCCGUUACCAGUUGUCAAAAGUACAUUUUCAGUCAUUAUGAUUAUAGAAAAUUUAUGUGGUUUGCUUCAAACAAUGAAAAAAAAUAAUGAGGAAUUUAAUAGUAUGAUUAUUACUUUGUGCACACAAUAUUAUGUAAAAUGCUUUGAAUAUUUUCAAGCAAUUGUAUCCAAGAGUUCCCCUUCACCAAAUGAUGCUGGUAAUGAAAUGUCGGAAAGAAGAGCUUCAUCCAUGGCUAAUCAACAGGGUCUUAGUGCUACUUGGGUACAGCAUGAACAUGUCUCGGAGAUUUUGUAUCAGUAUCCUUAUGCUUUUGAUGAUAGUGUUAGAACUAACCAAAAAAGAAAAGCACUUUGCGAUAAAGAAACAGAAAUUGAAUUACGUUUGAAAAAAAAUCGUCAAAUAAGACUUAGUGAAUUGAUUAUGGAUUCUAAAAAAUUGAAGGCACUGGCUAAUAUGUAUCAUAGUUUGAGAUGGUUGGUUGCUAAAAUUUGGGAAUUACGUGGUCAAGUUUCAAAAGCUAAUUUGGAUGAUAGAAGUUUGGCAAAGAUAAAUAGGCGUUGGUCAUCUUUAAAUGAUGCUAUUGGUGUAAACGGUGGAGAGAAAGACGAUGAUAAGGCUGUUUUGCCACUUACUGGAGAAAUGGAAAAAGUUGAAUUAAGAUGUCAUGCCUUACACUUCUUAGACUUGGCCACUAGAGAGGGUAAUUAUCAACUUGAUUAUGAAGCUUAUGAACCAGAUCCGUAUGUAAUAGAAUUAAACUCUGAUAUUGUAAAAUUUGAUGAAAGCAUUGCAUCAUGUUUAUCAGCACGGGAACAUAAAUUUAUAUUUGAAGGAUUGGAUUCAUUAAUGCAGAAUGUAUUGAUUAAUAAUGCAACAUUUCUUAGAAAUUUAAAUAGUAACGGUGUAUCAAAAAUGACUCGUAAUAUUUUGGCAUUACAACAAAAUUUGAAAAAUAUUGUUGAAGUACCAAAAGAAAUUUCAUUGGAUAAAUCAAGGAUUUAUUAUGAAUUAUAUAAUAUUGGACCUACCAAAAUGUUGGAACAAAUUAAAAAAAAUGAACCAAUUUUUACAUUUGAAGAGUAUAAAUUAUUGUUGGAAGUUUUUUAUAAAAUAGAUCCGAACGAAGUGAUAUCAUCAACAUCAAAUAGAGGCGAUGGCCCUUCAUCAAAUAGAAGAUUGUAUAAUGAAAAUCUUUUGGAACUGAAUGAAUUGAUGUUGGAUUAUAUUUAA